AUGCCAGUUUCUGGGUGGGGCUUUGGCUUCCGGGAUGUGCAGACCCGCCCCUGGCCUUGCAUCCUGGCUCAGUGGAUGGAAAGAACUGCAAUUCUAGCAGCUCUCAGCCCCGCCGCUUGUUAGUCAAAAUCCUCCAGCAGCAACAUGAAGUUGGGCGCCUUCCUUUUCUUGGUGCUCCUCGUCACCCUCAGCCUGGAGGUGCAGGAGCUACAGGCUGCAGUGAGACCGCUGCAGCUUUUAGGCACCUGCGUUGAGCUCUGCAAAGGUGACUGGGACUGUGAGCCAGGGGAGCAAUGUGUCAGCAAUGGGUGCAGUCACGUCUGUAUUAUGAACUAACAACAGCUUCUACCUGGG